AUGGAUACCAUACCCGCGCCUGCGGUCUGCAGGUUCGUCGGCGAGGGCAGGGCCAAUGUUGUCUUUUCACUCACCGGUGUAGACGACCAUCCUAACCUGCGAGGCCAGCUCCUCCGGGUGCCCAAGCACAAAUACAAAGCGCUGCCUUACGUUGACCUGCAGCGAUACUGGGAGACCAGGGUCUCGCCUCUGUUCGGGCCCCACGAACUUGUCCAGCAAAGGCUCGUGAGGCUGCCCUGCGAUAAAACCUUCUUCAAGCUUCUCAACGAGCAGCUCCGCAGGCUCGAAGAGUCCGGCUCGCGCCGCCGCGACUUUGUUGGCCACGUCGUUAGCGAGACCGUAGAGCUCGGCAUGCUGGUCGAGGACAUGAGAGCGGAGGCGGCGGCCACAAGGAAAGACGGCGUCGCCAUCAUGCAUGAGAUCAAGCCCAAGUGGCUAGCUCAGUCGCCCCGCGCGCCCAGGAACGCCGAGCAGUGCCGGAACUGUGCCCGCGAGGUCUGGCGCAACAUGAAGGACAAGACCAGGAAGCAGGUCUUUUGCCCCCUCAACCUCGUCAAGGCCGCUGACUUCCCAGACGACCCAGCUGUGGCAGCCGAUAUCGCCACGGCCCUGCGGAGGUGCUAUGACAUGCCCGACGCUGAAGCAAGGAAUCUCACGGGAUGGCUACGGACGUGCGCCGUCUUCCAGAAGCUGAGGAAGGUCCAGUGGGAGAAUGAUCACGAUGGUCAUGUCACUGACGACGACGGCUACUCUUUGGCCAUGACGCUCAGGGACUGCAGCCUCCUCGUCCUAGUCCCCAGCAGGUCUGGCGCCCCGCCGGCCGAGGUUGUGGGCAAGCUGGGCGACACGGACAUGAAAAACUUUGCCGUCAAGAAGGAGUACUGGAUGAAUAUGGAAAAAGAGUUUCACGACAACGGUGUGUACAUGAGAAACACCAACAGCCUGGCUUCAGCGAUCACCGACUGCCAGCUUCCCUUCUACAGGGCGAGGAGGGACCUGUCGGAGGAGCUACGGCGAUAUUAUGUGGGCACCUGA